AUGGAUACAGAAUCGACAUAUUCAGGAUACUCCCACUACUCAGGUCACUCCAAAAAAGCCCACAGACAAGGGGAAAGGAGUCGGGACAGGCACAAAUCGCCACGAAGCAAAGACGGCAGUCGGUCUGAGAAGUCCGUCACCAUCCAGACACCUCCUGCAGAGCCGCUGCUUGGGAACGAUGCCUCUCGGGCGGAGGAGGGCCAGGAUGACAACUGGGGUGAGACCACAACAGCAAUCACAGGCACCUCUGAGCACAGCAUUUCCCAGGAGGACAUUGCCCGCAUCAGUAAGGAUCUGGAGGACAGCGUUGGGUUGGACUGCAAACGUUACCUGGGCUUAACAGUGGCAGCUGUUCUUGGACUCCUUGUCUUCCUUACCCCCAUCGCUUUCAUUCUGUUACCCCAGAUCCUGUGGCGGGAUGAUCUGGAGCCAUGUGGUACUGUCUGUGAGGGACUGUUCAUCUCUGUGGCAUUUAAACUCCUCAUUCUUCUGAUUGGGACCUGGGCUCUGUUUUUCCGCCAGCCCAAGGCAGAUAUACCAAGAGUGUUUGUGUUUCGGGCUCUUCUGUUGGUCCUCAUAUUUCUGUUUGUGUUCUCCUACUGGCUUUUUUACGGCGUUCGCAUCUUGGACUCGAAGGACACCAACUACCAAGGAAUAGUGCAGUACGCAGUGUCUCUGGUGGAUGCUCUGCUCUUCAUUCACUACCUGGCCAUUGUGCUGCUGGAGCUGCGGCAACUGCAGCCCAUGUUCACCAUCAAGGUAGUUCGGUCAACGGAUGGAGAGUCGCGAUACUACAGCUUGGGACACCUGAGCAUCCAGCGAGCUGCACUGGUGGUUCUGGAAAAUUACUACAAAGAUUUCACAGUCUACAACCCAGCCUUGUUAACAGCCUCCAAGUCCCGUGCAGCCAAGCACAUGGCUGGCCUGAAAGUCUACAACGUUGAUGGCCCAGGUAACAAUGCCACAGGGCAGUCCCGUGCCAUGAUCGCAGCAGCGGCCCGUCGCAGGGACUCCAGCCACAACGAGCUCUACUACGAAGAGGCCGACCAUGAGCGCCGAGUGAAGAAACGCCGUGCAAGGCUUGUAGUUGCAGUAGAGGAGGCUUUCACUCACAUCAAACGGCUCCAGGCAGAGGAACAGCAGAAAGCUCCAGGAGAGAUGAUGGACCCCCGUGAAGCAGCCCAGGCAAUCUUCCCCUCCAUGGCAAGAGCUCUGCAGAAGUACCUUCGCACCACCCGCCAGCAGCAGUACCACAGCAUGGAGAGCAUCUUGCAACACUUGUCCUUCUGCAUCACCAAUAACAUGACACCAAAGGCAUUCCUGGAACGUUACCUCAACCCAGGCCCAACCCUCCAGUACGACAAGGAUCGCUGGUUUUCCAAGCAGUGGACGCUUGUCAGCGAGGAAGCAGUCACAAGUGGGUUACAAGACGGCGUUGUUUUUGUCCUCAAGUGCUUGGACUUCAGCCUUGUUGUUAAUGUGAAGAAAAUCCCCUUCAUCAAACUCUCAGAAGAGUUCAUAGACCCUAAAUCUCAUAAAUUUGUCCUCCGCUUACAGUCUGAGACUUCAGUCUAA